CUGCAGUAACCCCAUAGUCAAAAAAGAGAAAGAGCCUGCAAUGAGGCUUUCCUCAGCAAACAAGAAGUUGUAAAAAAAUUGCCAGCCUCAUGGCCUCAUCUGCUUAUCCGUUCUUACCUCACAAAACCAUUCUCCACCUCUUAAAACUCACAGACCCCACAUUUUCUCCUUCUCCUUCUCCUCCUCCUCCUCUACUUAUGCCCUUUUUCUUUUUCUUCUUUUAUUGUUCUUAAUUAUCCACUUUUCUUUCGGUUGAUCUUUGAUUCUUCCCAAAACAUCACAGACCCAAAAGUCUAAGCUUGACAACAUCCAACAACAACUACAUCUCCUCAAUAAAAGACAAAACCCCAAAACGAAAACAGCCCAAAAAUGAAAUUAAAAGGAAAAAACUGUUGAAAGUCUUCACUUCCACACCACUUACACCACUUUCCCUUCUCCUUAAAUACACUGUUUCCCCACACCCAAACACCCCUUAUCUCCAGCAAUCCAUUUUGUCUUUUCAUCCUUUUCCAUUUUCUCUUGAGAUCACACCAAGAAAACAGUUAAACCAAAAUAAAUACAUUUAUUGCCAAAACCCACCCAAAAGAAGAAGAAAAGAGAAGAAGAAAUCAUGGUGAAGCCCCAAAGGCCGCCAUCUGGCCGUACAAAUCUAGCUUCAUGUAUUGUAGCAACAAUUUUCUUGAUCUUCGUUGUGAUAAUAGUGCUCAUUGUUUACUUCACCGUUUUUAAACCUACAGACCCGAAGAUCUCCGUUAACGCCGUCCAGCUUCCGUCGUUCUCCAUCGGUAACAACUCCGUUAGCUUCACUUUUUCCCAAUACGUCACCGUUAAAAACCCUAACCGAGCCGCUUUCUCCCACUACGACAGCACUAUCCAGCUCCUCUACUCGGGUUCUCAAGUCGGGUUCAUGUUCAUACCCGCUGGUAAGAUCGAGGCGGGUCGGACCCAGUACAUGGCUGUCACUUUCGCCGUUCAGUCAUUUCCCUUCGCGGCACCAAAUGAGGCGUCGGCGGCAACGAUGACAAUUCCCACUCCCACUACGACGACGGGACCCAUUGGGCUGGUUGGUGGGUUUGGCGGGAGCAAUAAUGGGUAUCGAGUUGGGCCCACGAUGGAGAUUGAGUCUCGGAUGGAGAUGGCGGGUCGGGUUCGGGUUCUGCAUUUCUUCACCCAUCACGUGGAUGCUAAAUCUGGGUGUAGAGUCACCAUUUCUGUGAGUGAUGGAUCUGUGUUAGGGUUUCACUGCUAAUUUUUUUUCCAUUUUUCUACGUUUUAUUCUUGUAAUUUUAGAUUUUUAGCUAUUUCUUACUAAAAAUUUUCAGUUUUGAAGGAUUUGGUGAUUUGGGUAUUAAAUUUUUUAUACCCAAUUUGUUGAAAAAACUGUAAAAAUAGAAUUUUUUCCCCCUUUUGUUGCAAGUAAGCUCGUUUAGUAUAAAGAACAAAGUUUUGAGCUUAAUUCGUCAAUUAUGAAGUAAGUUUUAAGUGUUAA